CAAACCCGGAAGAAGGAAAUGAUGUCCGUCGUCGUCCACUAGCUCAAGUCAGUUUGAGGUCGAGUGGAAGUUAACCAUGGCGAUGACAAGUCAGACUACCUGCUCCUCAAUGAGCAACCACACUAAGGAAAGGGUCACCAUGGCCAAAGUGACGCUGGAAAAUUUUUAUAGCAACCUGAUAUCACAGCAUGAGGAAAGGGAAAUGAGACAGCAGAAACUGGAGAAGGUCAUGGACCAAGAGGGACUAGGUGAUGAAGAGAAGCGUCUCCGGCGGUCUGAGCACGCAAGGAAAGAGACUGAGUUUCUUCGUCUCAAACGAACACGGCUUGGAUUAGAGGACUUUGAGUCGCUCAAAGUGAUUGGGCGAGGAGCUUUCGGAGAGGUGCGGCUAGUUCAGAAGAAGGACACAGGGCACGUCUAUGCCAUGAAAAUCUUGCGUAAGGCUGAUAUGCUUGAGAAAGAACAGGUUGGUCAUAUUCGAGCAGAAAGGGACAUCCUUGUAGAGGCAGACAGUCUUUGGGUGGUAAAGAUGUUCUACAGCUUUCAGGAUAAGAUGAACCUCUACCUCAUCAUGGAGUUUCUGCCUGGAGGUGAUAUGAUGACUCUACUGAUGAAGAAAGACACUUUAACGGAGGAGGCCACACAGUUUUAUAUUGCUGAGACUGUGCUGGCUAUUGACUCCAUUCACCAGCUGGGCUUCAUCCACAGAGACAUCAAACCAGACAAUCUCCUGCUGGACUCAAGGGGCCAUGUGAAGUUGUCUGAUUUUGGCCUAUGCACUGGUCUGAAGAAAGCUCACCGCACAGAGUUCUACAGAAACCUUAACCACAGCCUUCCCAACGACUUCACGUUCCAGAACAUGAAUUCAAAGAGGAAAGCAGAAACAUGGAAGCGAAACAGAAGACAGUUGGCCUUCUCUACUGUUGGAACCCCUGACUACAUCGCUCCAGAAGUGUUUAUGCAAAAUGGGUAUAACAAGCUCUGUGAUUGGUGGAGCUUGGGCGUCAUUAUGUAUGAAAUGCUGAUAGGUUACCCUCCAUUUUGCUCGGAGACGCCUCAGGAAACUUACAGAAAAGUGAUGAACUGGCGGGAAACUUUGACCUUUCCACCUGAGGUCCCAAUUUCAGAAAAAGCCAAGGAUCUGAUUCUCAGGUUCUGUUGUGAGAGCGAGCACAGGAUUGGAGCCACCGGAGUGGAGGAGAUCAAGACUAACCCUUUCUUUGAGGGAGUGGACUAUGACCAUAUCAGGGAGAGACCAGCGGCUAUUCCAAUUGAGAUCAAAAGCAUUGACGACACCUCCAACUUUGACGAGUUUCCUGAUUCAGACAUCCUCCAGCCUACAGUCACUCCUGUGUCCAACCACACUGAGGCAGAUCUAAAGAGUAAAGACUGGGUGUUCAUCAACUACACCUACAAGCGUUUCGAGGGGCUGACCGCACGAGGAGGCAUCCCAUCAUAUAUGAAAACGGGGAAGAGAUAGACUUCAACAGGACUUGCUGCACUCUUUCAGUGGUUGUUUUCUCUAUAAGGAGACGUUCUCCAUUGCUCCUCCCUGCAUCUGAAGGGUCCUGCAUCUUCCGUUUCCCAUUUUGACUCACUCAUUUAUGGAUGUGGACUCCAUCCGCACUCACAUUCAGAGUCUUAUCUAAGGGCUUUUUUCCUCGAACACUCUGAAUGUGCUCGUUUCAUCCCUGAGCUUUUCUUUUUUUUUUUUUUACUUCGUAAGAAUCAUUUAGGGCAGUCUUUUAGGUUGCCAGAUUUUGUACAUUUUGGAAUGGAGAUAUUUUAGUACACUGGCAAAAAAGGGCUUGAACGGACGCUAGUUAGACCUCCUGCACCUGUAAUUGAUUUUAAUUGCAUCAGCAAAGGAGGAUCGUCGAUUUACUAUUUCCAAGAACUAGUAAAUCCUGUCUCAGCAUUUUUCAUGUCCACAUCCGCUGUACACAUCGUAAAGACUGAAACCUUCGCUUGUAUUAAAAUAGAUGGAUAUUUUGAAAAUCCAUACUUUUAAAGACUACUUUUCUCCUGUUUUUGACUUUUUUUUUUUUUUUUUUUCUUGUUGCGCUCACCAUUCAAGAUCUCAGCGACAAUGGUAAACACGGGGCUUCAUAGUCAGUCUGUUCUGAAUGUGAUUCACACAAACCCCAAAGCUGCAGAUGUUGCCUUACAUUUGGAUCCUUCUUAUACCAGCAGAAACAUCAUGAAUGCAUUUGCCAAUCAAACCAAAUUCAUCAACAUAGCAGGAAACUUCACCAGCUGAUGUCAAAGACCAAGCAAACUCUACGGACCAGCAAUUGUUUAUUAUUUAAUGGGUAGUUUCAGCCACUGACUGAUUCGGAAGUUGCUUGGUGCUAAUGCUGUUGCUCAUUGCUGAUGUUUGGGGAACAUUAGCCACAUUUUUUGCAUCUUGAGGAGAAUAACAACACUAUUCAGGGAUUUGAAUUUGAUUGAGUCUUCCAUUUUCAUAUGGGGAUGAAAUGUUCAAUGCAAAUUUUUUAUAUUACCAAAGAAGCGCCAAUUUUUAAUCGGCUUUAUGGGCUUGACUCUUGAUGUUGUUUGGUCAUGGAUGCUUUGGCUUUCAUACAGCAUUAAUUAUACUUGUUAACAUUGUAGCAAAAUAUUCAUUCCAUAAUGGUUCUAAUCAGUCUGCGUUAUUGGAAGCUGCUUGUAUCAGCAUGUUGCUUGUGAUAGCUUUGUAGAAAUCAAACAAGUAUGAUUUUUAGAAGUGUGCAAGAUUCCAAACAGUGAAUGACUGAGUCAUAGUUCUACAAUCAGCACCCAUGUCUUCUUUCUGUGACCAAAACGAAUGUAUCUUGAGGCUUCUAGAAGUUGCAUUCUCGUAAGAUUGGCUGCCCUGGAAUGAUUUGAGAUUCACCUAAAUGCUUGAGUUUGAUUUGGCGACUAGAUUUUAUGCUGCACAGCAUGAGAGGUUUUGUAUGUGGAAUUGCUUCUUAGAUGUGGAGCUCAGCAGCUGAACACAAUAUACUAGAGAAAUAUCUCAAAUAACAGAUUACUGUAUCCUAGAAUGCUACAGAUGAUACGGAAAGUAGCAUGAAAUUGAUUGAAUGGUGCAUUUUUUUAUCCUGUUAAGAGCAAUAUGUGACCGUCGUAGGUCUGGAUGUGUAUUAUUAUUAUUUUUAAUAUAUAAUAGUCAUGGCUGGAGAUUUUCAUGCUGUCUGAGAGUUGGCAUGAUGCAUGUUUUUGUGUGCUAGACAAGUGAAAGAGCUUUGAAUGAGAAGUUUUGACUUCCUUUGUGCUGCUUUGUUUAUGUUUCAGUAUCAUUGAAUGGGGAAUAUGUGAGGGUGUUUUCAUGGUUAUUGCUUAUGAAUGAUAGCUCGAUCGAAUUAUACACUGUCUACAAUAAGCAGAUCACAGGCUGAGCUGCUUUGUAUCUUUUGUUGCUGUAUCUCACAUGCUGAAAAUGAUCACGAGACUAGCGUGUCAAUAAGAGCGUCUGUUUUUAAAAUAUCUCUGUUUGAAAAUCUUGCUUGCAAUGUCCUAAAGUGAGGACUUGAGGACUUUCUGUUUGAAUGAGGAAAAAGGACACUUCUUUUUUUUUCUUGAAGAAUAACAAUGCACCUUUUGCUAGUUGUAAUGUCAUGUAUAUUUAAAAUACACUCACAAACUUGUCAAGUUGUUAAAUACACACUGAAUGACUGUUCUGUUGUUUGAGAGUUUGUAAUUCUUUCUGCAACUUUUUUCACUUUAACCAGAUGUAGACUAGUCUUAAAAUUAUUGGGGUCUAUAUUUACUUGCUUAGAGCUAAAGAAAUAAUUACACCAAUGUGUAUAAAGGAGUUUAUUCACACUGGCGCUAGUGCUCACAAACUAUCCAUGCAGGAGAUCUCAGAUCUUAAUUUUUUAUUUUUUUUUGGCUGUUAAUCCAGAUCGCUAGUGCGAUGCUGAUGGAGGAACGGCAUUCCUGCUUCUGAAUGGUUUUGAACACGGCUCCGGUUUUCACUGAUGUCACAUUCUGCUGUGGGAGUUGGGCAUUUGUCCUCUCUCUGCCUUAAGUUUGACUUGUAGGGUGUUUGUGGAUUUUUCCUGCGCUCACAGAGCACCUUUCACUGGUUUAUUUGUCUGAUAGAGAGUUUGUUUUAGAGGUGUGGGCACACUUUGACCUGUUAAACGUCCUGAAUAAAAUACCAGUUCAUUUAAA